AUGGGGACCCCCGUUUUCUCAGUCAGGACUAAUAGCGCAGCCCUUGCGCUUUUCCUGAUCCUGCUGUGUUACGCUGGAGGAAAAUGUGAACUUCAGGAGACCAAACCUUCCCCACCGACCAACUUGGAGAGCGCCAAGCCUUACCCUGAUGAUAUCAAUCAACCUCAGGCCUACCCCGAGGAGGAGAAUGCCCAUCUCCCUGUGUUUACUAUGGACUACCCUCGGAUCCAGAUCCCCUUUGAGUUCACGUUGUGGGUCCUGCUGGCCUCCUUUGCCAAAAUCGGUUUUAACAUUUAUCAGAAGAUAACCAUCUGGGUCCCGGAGUCAUGCCUCCUGAUUGCCAUCGGCCUGAUUGUUGGCGCCAUCAUGCACUCAGUGAAGGAGGAGCCCCCCGCCGUGCUGGACACCAACGUCUUCUUCCUCUACAUGCUUCCGCCCAUCAUCCUGGACAGCGGCUACUUCAUGCCCACGAGGCCGUUCUUUGAGAACAUCGGCACAGUGCUGUGGUACGCCGUGGUGGGAACUCUGUGGAACAGCAUCGGGAUAGGCCUCUCGCUCUUCGCGAUCUGCCAGUUUGAAAUUUUUGAUCUACAAGACUUUAACUUGCAGGAGAACCUCCUCUUCGCCUCCAUCAUCUCCGCUGUGGACCCAGUGGCGGCUCUCAAUGUGUUUGAUGACAUUGGAGUGAAUGAGCAGAUCUACAUAGUCAUAUUUGGAGAAGGGCUCUUCAAUGAUGCUGUCACUGUGGUGCUCUACGGCAUGUUUGCCUUUUUGGCCGAAAUGUCGGUAGUCGAAUCCGGUGACGUUUUCCUGGGAGUUGCCCGGUUCUUCGUGGUGGGUGUGGGAGGGAUCCUCUUUGGACUCCUCUUUGGCUUCGUGGCUGCCUUCACCUCCAGGUUCACGAGCAAAGUCCGCGAGAUCGAGCCCCUCUUCGUCUUCAUGUACAGCUACCUGGCGUACCUUGUGGCGGAGCUGUUCGCCAUCUCCAGCGUGUUGGCCAUCAUAACUUGUGCCAUAACCAUGAAGUAUUACGUGGAGGAGAAUGUUUCCCAGAGAUCCUGCACCACCAUUCGCCACGUUGUCAAGAUGCUGGCAACCGUCUCCGAAACACUCAUCUUCUUCUUUCUGGGUGUUGUUACCAUAACAACUGAGCAUGAGUGGAACUGGGCCUAUGUGCUAUUCACUCUGCUGUUCGCCUUCUUGUGGAGAGGGAUUGGCAUUCUAGUACUCACUCAGAUCAUCAACCCGUUCCGUACAAUCCAGUUCAAUUUAAAGGACCAAUUUGGCCUUGCCUAUGGGGGUCUGAGAGGGGCGAUCUGCUUUGCCCUGGUCUUCACGUUGCCAGAUUCCAUCAUCAGAAGGAAGCUGUUUGUCACCGCCUCCAUAGCCGUUAUCAUAUUCACCGUUUUCAUACAGGGCAUCAGCAUUCGACCCAUAGUGGAGUAUAUCAACAUCAGGAGGACCAACAAAGACCUCAACACCAUUAAUGUAGAGAUUCACACCAGGGUGAUGGAACAUUUAGUCUGCGGCAUUGAGGACGUGUGUGGGCAGUGGGGCCACUACUACUGGAAAGACAAGUUCAAAAAGUUCAACGAUCGCAUUCUGAGGCGCAUCCUGCUGCGAGACAACAGGGCCGAGUCCAGCAUUGUGUCCCUGUACAAGAAGCUAGAGCUGCAAAACGCCAUUGAGCUGCUGGACACGCCGAUGGGAGACAUCAGUGCUGCUCCCUCUAUCAUUUCCCUGCAGGACGAGAAGAAGGAGGCGUCUCGUCCGAAGAGGAAGUUCCUGGCGGCUGAUGUGCUAAAGAUGCAUGACAUCCUGUCAAAGAACAUGUACAAGAUCCGACACCGGGCCAUGGCCUACACCAAUAAAUACCAUCUGCCUGACAACACCAGAGACAGGGAGAUUCUCAUCCGUCGCCAUGCCAGCAUCAGACGCAGUCUCCGUGCUGAGAGUUUCCGCGAGCAGCCGGACCGCAGCAUGUCCAAGUCUCAGAAAUACUACUCCCUCCAACCUGGAGGGACUCUGGAGUCCGAAUUCCCCCUCAGAAGACGUGGUCAUGGUGAGCUUUUAAGAUAUAUUGUUUUUCCUUGUUUUGUUUUGUUUUUAAGCGCUUGGUCGUUCCGAUUCGGAAAACUAAGUGGUUUUGAUACUCAACCGCUUAUGUUAUCAGCUCCUCCGGAGGUGGAUCGGCUUCUAUCCUCUGGGGUUUCUCCGCGCUCUUCAUCCCGCUCUUUGGUCUCCAUGAGAAGGCUGAACACGAUCAAGGAACAGCGGAAUCCCGGGGAGACCCCGGCUGCGUCUGAGCAGCCACACGCCUCAGCUGCUGGGAUAAGCUUUUUGGACGAAAGAGGUCCUGGCUCCAGCCUCAGGGGCAGAAAAGCACCGCUGCCCACGCCUAGGAGACGCAGCUCACAUAGGCCGGAAGAUGAAGUAGAAGAAGUAGAAGAAGAAGAAGAAGAAGACAUUGGCGCUGAGGAGCCAGAAGGAGGGAGAGGACUGGUGCAACCUCCUCAGCUGCCACCUCCUCAAGUCUGGGCCCCUGAAAACAGAGAUCCAAGAGAAAUCGAGGCGGGGAACCCGCUGCUCCGACGCUCAUCCCAGGGCUCUCGGGCUUCGAGGAGGUUUUGA